UCAGCUGCAGCUGUACAUGCACGUACUUAGCCCCGGCUUCUAAAGUUCCAAUCCUAAAUGUCCCCUUUCUAGCGUGUGGUAACCUGUUCGCGGCUCUUGACAUCAUCGAGAGCUACUGCGAGAAUACUGCAGUUGCUCGUGGCCCACUCGGUGCGACAACUCGUAAGACGAUGUGGAUCUGCAUGGAGUUGUCUCACUGUGAUCCUCAUGGGCCCAAGGGCAUGAGAUCACCGUACACCCUACGCAUCAUCAGCACACUUGACCUUCAAAAGGGUCACGAUCCACAACACCUUAAAUCAGGUCUUGUAUAUAACACACAUCUUGUGGCGAUGCGCUUUGGCUAGAGAAUCUGACAAACGUAAAGAAUAUCUUGAGUCCACUGCUUGGAAGGGAUAUGCUUCUUCCUUCACUAGCACAUAAGUUAAGUUUCUGAGACCUCCAUUUGUGGACGAUCUGUCAGACUUAGCUGAAAUCAAGUGCUUGUAUUACCAAGGCUUGGAUGCACCAAUCUGAGAGGUGCUUGUCAGUAUAUCGCUGCUGCUUAACCCAGACCAGCAACGGCAAGGGACGUUCUCACGCAUCAGCUUGAUCUGUUAUUCAGCUUCGAAUAUUUUCGUCAGGUCCACAACUCUCGGCGAGCAGGUCCAUACUAGAAAUCACCGCUAGGGAGCUCCUAUCGUGCAUUUAUGAAUGUCUUUUAUAACCACUCGCUUAGAUUGGAAGAAAAGCAUCGUCAUGAACCUGCUCACUGUAGUCUGGAUUAUGUGAAGCAGAAUUGCACCGAUAGUGCUGCAUAAGUGAAUACAGGAAACAAGCACCGAGAGAGGAUGUCAAUUUGACUAAAGGUAUCUACAUGCCUUCGGAAUCCGGAAUCCGUGACAGAUAUCAGCAGCAGUCGCUCAAUAUCGUCAAACACGAAAGGCAAUCUGGAUGAGGAUACAUGCUAAAACUAAAGGGACAGUACUAGCACAGGGCGUGUGUGGUCGGGCCAGUCCGGUCACCACGUGUUAGAUAUGACUAUCACUAUCCCUUAAGGACAUGGACGUGCUCAUUAGCCUGACCUCGUGUUUAAUAGCUAUCGCAGUACCUUGCCUACAUCUGCCUACCUUGACUCAAUUGCUUGAUCUUUCAGUUCAUGCAGUAGUGUACAGAAAGCUUCUACUUUCUUCACUUCGUGCAUUGAAAUUGAGUCAUACAAGACUUUGAACUUCAAGAAGUUCGGUUAAACUGAAGUGACGAGCUCAGAGGUUCGGGACUGACAGUAAUGAGAUGCUGUUUAUCGCCAACCUACAACUCUGCAAUCUACUGGACUGAGUCAUACAUCGAUCAAUCCCAUUUACAAGCGAUUCUCUCAUCAUAUAGAUUGACAUGAAAGCUUUUCUUCAUGAUAUUCAGAGUGAUGCAGGGAAGAUUGUAAGGAGCCAGUGACACAUCCAGUUGACAUUUGUGUACAUGACAACCGCUCUGUCUUUAAAUCGCUUACAUAGGAACUGCCAUGCGCAGCGGGUGGGCAACGAACUUAAGUCCACAUGGACGUGAGCGACCAGGUCGAUCUCAACAUCUCGAGCAGAGCUCUCUCAGCCUCGGUGCAACUGUGUUCGUACACAGCCAGAAUCUUAGCAUGGUGUCAGUGUCCAUCAGAUCUCAACAGUUCCAUCUCACGCGACACAUUGAAGCUUCUUCAGGUGGCGUCUGACAUAUGUUUCGGCCACUUGCCGAUCAGAGCCUCGAGGCACCAGCAUCGACCUUCAAACGGAGGACUAUUUCCACGAGGAAGUUCGUGUCCAAGUCCUUGCCUGACGUGCUGUGCAUGGUGAGCGAGCAGCAACGUCGGCAGAUUCUCUCUGGUCUGUUGCAAACGGCGGACACGAGGAUAUGGGGGCCGAGAUGGACCGCCGUCCACCGCAUGCACACAAACCCCGCUCGCUCUCGUGUGGAGAAAAUUCCUUUUCACGUGCUGUGCAAACGAGCACGCAUUGUCAGCCCUCGAGGGCACUGAUAGAGAACAAUAACAGAGUACCCAUUAUUGAAAUCAUCUGCAGCGUUGCUCCAGUUGGUGACGGAGACCUCUUCCGUUGCAUGUACUCCGGCAUGGCCAUUUUUCCGCGCAAGGAUGGGUCUAUUGCAGACGAGUUUGAAAGCUCUUACAUCAAUUCUAGCCAGCAAUGUCAGUCGUUCUUACAGUCGGAAAUCCAGGGCAGCAUUGAUCCAUCUCGGACAGAGUCCACAGUUUUUUCAGGAGUGGGAAAACGGUGACGGUGGCACUUGCAAGUCGUGGAAGGACUUAAAUUUAUGUUCAUUCAUUGAGAAGGCGCCACCGCGUGGCAGUCAGAAGACAAAACGACAUCAAACGGUAGAUUCUAGCAACAUUGGAAUCUCAAGGAACGGGAGAGUAUCGAACAAAUCGUUGAUUCCACAUGUACAAUACUUUAAACAUGGCGAGCUUCGUCAUCUGGUGCUCAUCAAUGACUCAAACCAAUCACAUCCAAGUACUUCCCGAGGACAAAUUACGGUCUUAAGCUUGAUCCGAGACCGAAAUUAAAUCCACUCUCGGUAGCUUUGAUGGAAAGAGUUCGACUGAUGCAAUGACCAAAGGAUUUGUGCCAGAAAGAAAUGGUGGCACUGGCGAAUACGGAGAGGUGGAGAAUGCCAAUGCUCUGAACGAGAAUAUUCAGAAAGUCGGAGAAAUGAUUGUGAACUGUAACGCAGGGUACAACCUCGAUCACCUUCAGCUGUGAACAAGCUAUGAAAUUGUGAGUUGGUUUCCCCUUCUUCACAGCAUAAAACCAUCACGAAGAGCUGGGCCUGCUUCUGGUUAUUCCAAUUUGAAUGCAACUGGAGAACCUUAGCUUCGGAAGCUAUCUCAAAAUCAGGACCUUUGAAACUUCCCCAGCUUGCCCGAGUUCGUUGAAGUCAGCCCACUCGGAGGCCUUCAGCGUCUCUACUUGAUUGCUUUACGAUCCUUACUCGGUCUUGUGUUACACAAAACCUUAUGUUAUUGAUCUGAGCGAUGUGAGUAAGAAAUGUAGAAUUUGAAAUAUAAGGCGGCUUUUCAGGAUGACUGCAUCUGAAUGGUGUCUCUUUCCCACAAUCUGUUCUCGGGACGUGAAGCAGCCUGUCAAGGUCGUAGUAGAUUGCUGUUCCAGAGUAUAUAAAGCUCAGAUCCAGUGUCUCUCUCUUUCUUCAUGCAAACUGGUUCAAAAGUUGUGUUGGUAGGAUUGCACAUGUGUCGAUUGAGACACUGAGGAGAAGGUCUAGUAUGUUGGUGAAGAGCUCUAAGUCAUUUGCACAGGCUGAUCCCUUCCCACGAGAUCUUUCUAUCGACAUGUCAAUUGAUACGAUCGUGAACGAUAGAUAGGUCUAAAUCCGCUAUGAUGUGGUCUGCCGCUCUGUCUGUGAUAAGAGCCAUACUUUACAUUUUGG